AUGACUCUAUUGGAAAAGGAGUGGUAUAUACAAGCUCCAUGGGGCAGGAUUUGCAUUGUAGCGUGGGGAGACUGUCGAGACCCACCUGUUCUUGUUUGCCAUGGAAAUAUAGACUCUGCUGCGAGUUUUCGACCCCUAAUGAAGUUGUUGCCAAAGAAAUUUUACUAUGUUGGCAUGGAGUUGCCAGGUAACGGCAAAUCGGACCCCUACCCGCCGGGAAUGGUGAUCUGUUCAUACGACAUGUUGUAUUCCAUUGUGGCAGUGGUCAGGCAUUUCCGUUGGAAGAAAUUCGUUUAUCUCGGGCAUUCCCUUGGCAGCACUUUGGGAUUAAUGUACGCGCUCGCGUUCCCAGACGAAAUUUCCAAGCUGAUCGUCCUGGAUCCCGUUACUGACCAUGUUGCAAUCCCGGCCAAGAGUUUCUCAAUAUGGUACAUGAAGAAUUUGAAGAAAUACAUAAAAAACUAUGAUAAUUACAACGUGCCAAAAGAACUAGGAACAAAGUACAAGAAAGAGGAGGUAAUCGCCAAACUCGUGAAGAAUCGUCGUAUCACUGAAGAAACAGCAGAAGCGACAUUAGCAAGAUGGUCGACGCCCACCGAUGACGGUUAUAUUAGAUAUACGUUUGACCAGCGUCUCAAAACAUUUUUGCAUUACCCACUGUCACCCAGUACGCUAAAAGAUCUAUAUACAAGUAUCAAAACGCCUAUACUUGCAAUAGUAAUGGAUGAGUCAGUUAGACAAGGAAAAUAUGAUACGACAAAGUUUAUGCUGGAUGAGACAACACAUCCCGGUGGUAAUUAUAGAGUGAGAGAUGUGCCCGGGCACCAUGAUGAACAUGUGGUGCAUCCGGAGAAGGUAGCACCAUAUAUAGCAAACUUUUUGUUGUAUGGCUUACAAGGGUUAGACAGUAAAGGGAAAUUAUGA